CUGAAUCCAUCCCAUCGACGGUAGAUUAGUCAGAUCUGGAGAGAUGAACUUUGAAGAGGCAGACCUGCGGGGAUGAGGGCUUUUCCUCCAGCUCCUGAAUGGAGAGCCUCCUCCCGUGGGAGCCUGCUGUGCACGCGCACUCACUGCUGGCCAUGCACAUGCACUCCUUCCCUCCCCCCUCCCUCCCUGAGGCUUACAGUUGGAUGUCUUUCUGAGGGGGGAGGGAGGGAAAGUGUUUUUUGGGAUUUUUGUGAGUGGAGGACAUAGCUUGCUUGACAUAGUGUCUGGUGUCCAAAUUUGAUGGCAAUUCCCCCUGUGGUUUUUAAGUUCUGUUAAUAUCACAAACGAACAUUACAUUUUUAUUUAUAUAGAUUAUUAUUGUUGUUACCCCAUCCUAUAGCAUACCACAAACUCUGUAUUGUCUUAAUAUUAAUAUGGGAAUACAGUAAUUAAAAGCAAAUAAAGACACACUUCAUGCAACAUAGUUUUGGUAUAUUAUAAAAAGAGCCUUGUGAAUACAGUAUGCUUCAGGUUUUUGAUUUUUUUUAAAUUGCCAGUUGUUUGAGUUCUGGUUAACGGAGAGUCCAGUGUACAUUUGUUUUAAAGGAUUUAUGUUUUCAUCUAUAUAUAUAUUUAACUGUGUUUAACCAUUCCUCAAGUUAUGAAGAGAGACAGCCAGCUAGCAAUAUAUGUCUCCUUCUCUGGCCUUACUCGAAAGGAAACGGCCCGACGAAUGGCUUCUCAGCUUGUGACUAUAUAAUGGGAGUUGUAGUUUAUUUGCUUUGAAGGAUGCCUGUGAAAAAGUAGUUCCGGCCUUUGUGUGGAACGAUCUCCAGGAUCCUUUCUCUCUGCAGCAUCGCUCGUCGCCAUGGAGAUGGCUGUGUGUCUCCAAGCACCAAAGCCGCUGGCCUCCUGCUUUGUUAGCUUAGGCUAGAGAUGGGUCACCAGGUUGGGAAGUUCUUCUGUUUUUAUUUUAUUGACUUAUGCAUAGAGAGUGAGGUAUUGUAGGCAGGGCUCUCUCUCUCUUUCACACACCCUUGUUAAGACUGAAUUGAUGUGAACCAAGUGAGAAGUCUGCCUUGCAAAAGAAGAAUUGCUUAUUGAGGCUUAAGAUAAAGAAGUUGUCCAAGAAGAUUUUGGAAAUGGAAAUCGGCCCCACGGAUGUGAUGGAGCGCAAAGGAGCGCUGACUUUGCGCUCCAAACAGGCCUGCUAUGGGAGACCAACUCUUGUGUAUGGCUGGUACUGGAAUAGGGAAACUGAACCUAAGGAUUAUGAUAUACAUGACAUUUCUUUGGGCUCUAAAAAUUUAUGUCGCUCUACCUACUGGCGUCUUGGAACCAUGGAUCAGAAAUGGAUAACCACAAAUCAAGAUUAUUUGUCUCAACCCUAUAGAAUUAAAGAGUAUAAAGAGCUGGAUAUACACAAGCUUAUGUUGGAUAAAGAUAAUUUUGAAAUUGGUGUUCUUGAAAGGGAGACAGGACGACCUGAGACAGGGGUUGGAGCUAUAUUGCCACGUCAUUCUCCAAAUCGUUUUAAAAUGCUUCUGGAUACAACAUACAAAAUAGACUACGUUCCACCUUAUGACUAUCAACCAUAUAUUACACUUGAUCCAGCUGGCUACUCUGUAGUUCACAGAAAGUGCCAUUCUCAGUUUUGUGACACAGCAGACUACAGAAGGCAUGGUAUCAAUACAUGGCAAGACGAGAGUGGUGUGUAUGCAAAUGCAGAUCUAAGGCAAAAAGUAUUUCCUGUUGUUAACCCUAUACCGACAAACGUGGAGGAGGAAAAGCCUUAAACAUUGCUAACAGUAAAAAAGAUCUUCCAAAGCAAUGUUAAAAAUAAAAGGUGGGUCUGUAUAUA